ACAAUCGCACCAACGCGCUCUCCCGAGGGCUUUGUCGGAGGAUUCUUACGCCUGAACGAGUCCUCUCCUUGCGUACUAGGUUGGUGCUCAAUUAAAAAGAAUGGGGGGAGAUGCACAGAAGAAGAGAAUUGCCAUAAUUGGCGUGUCUACCUUCUUGCUGGUGGCCAUGGUGGUGGCAGUGACAGUUAGCAUCAACCUCAAUAACAAGGGAUCAAGCUAUGAUUCAAAGGAAGAAAGCAAAUCCAGUGUAGCUUCCUCGAUCAAGGCCGUGAAAACCCUUUGCGCACCCACCGAUUACAAGAAGGAAUGCGAGGACAGUCUUAUUGAACAUAGCAACAACAUCACCGACCCACGAGAACUCAUAAAAAUCGCGUUCCACGUUACCAUCUCAAAAAUCGGAGAAGGACUUGAGAAAACAGAACUCAUGCACCAGGUCGAGAACGACCCCAGAACCAAGGAGGCACUCGACACUUGCAAGCAACUCAUGAACCUCUCCAUCGGGGAGUUCACGAGGUCACUCGAUAGGUUUACCAAGUUCGACUUGAACAACCUCGACAACAUCCUCACCAGUUUGAAGGUUUGGCUCAGCGGUGCAAUCACGUACCAAGAAACAUGUUUAGACGCAUUUGAGAACACAACCACCGAUGCUAGUCUAAAAAUGCAAAGGCUCUUGCAAAGUGCCAUGCACAUGAGUAGCAAUGGCCUUUCUAUCAUCACCGAGUUGUCUAAAACUCUCUCGGAAAUGCACAUCGGCAAACCUGGCCGCCGACGCCUUUUGAACAACAACGUUCUUGGCCACGACUACUUUGACCUUCCCGAAUGGGUUGAUGAUCAAGUUGGUGUUCGCAAACUCCUACAUAUGACUGGACGGAAACGCAUGGCCCAUGUGGUUGUUGCAAAGGAUGGCAGUGGAAAUUUCACCACCAUCAAUGAAGCAUUGAAGCACGUGCCCAAGAAAAACCUAAGGCCAUUUGUUAUCUACGUCAAGGAAGGAGUUUACAACGAGUACGUCGAAGUUUCCAAAAAUAUGACCCAUGUUGUUAUGAUUGGUGAUGGUGGUAAGAAGUCAAGGAUCACCGGCAACAAAAACUUCGUCGAUGGGGUUGGGACCUUCAGAACCGCCAGUGCUGCCAUUCUAGGAGAUUUCUUCGUUGGCAUAGGUAUGGGGUUUGAGAACUCAGCUGGUGCUGAAAAACAUCAAGCAGUGGCCUUGAGGGUUCAAGCUGACAGGUCCAUCUUUUACAAAUGCCGAAUGGAUGGGUACCAGGACACACUUUACGCCCACACCAUGCGUCAAUUCUAUCGUGAUUGCAUAAUUUCAGGUACCAUCGACUUUGUCUUUGGUGAUGCAGUGGCUGUUCUCCAAAAUUGCACUUUUGUGGUGCGAAAGCCAUUGGAAAACCAGCAAUGCAUUGUGACUGCACAAGGCAGAAAAGAGAUGAACCAACCAUCAGGAUUAAUCAUCCAGGGAGGAAGCAUUGUGGCAGACCCCAUGUACUACCCAGUUAGGUUCGACAACAAAGCUUACUUGGCCCGUCCAUGGAAGAAUUUCUCGAGAACCAUAUUUAUGGAUUCCUACAUUGGUGAUUUGAUCACACCUGAUGGUUACAUGCCAUGGCAAACAUUGGAGGGUUUGAGGGGAAUGGAUACUUGUUUCUACUCUGAGUUCAACAACCGUGGUCCUGGUUCAGACAAAGCCAAGCGUGUCAAAUGGGAAGGAAUCAAGGCCCUCGAUUCAGAUGGAAUAUCAAACUUCUUGCCAGCCAAGUUCUUCCAUGGAGAUGACUGGAUUAGGGUCACUAGGGUUCCUUACUACUCUGGCCAACCCUCCCCCACUCAUUGAAGUUGAUUCAUUAAUUUUUGGGAGAGACCGCGUGUGCUUGCGUGUUGCCAUAUUAAACAAGUAAUUAUUAAUGCUUGUGUUGUACCACCUAUGUCUUUUGUCUUCCAUUAUGUCAUUGUGAUCUGAAAUGCAAGUGUGUAUGAACUGUCAUUUCCCUGCA